AUGGACAACUUGGAGAGCUCAAAAAUCCCUUCUGAUCAUUCACAAAACCAAAUCACGAAACACUCCUCAACAAUCAAUAUUAAUGGAGCAGAAAAAUUUAUCCAUGAAAAUGGGGAGGGAAAAAGAGUCAUGAAGAUCAAUAAGGGAAAUAUUAGAAGGUUCCUAGGAGUAAGACAGCGGCCAUCAGGAAGAUGGGUUGCUGAAAUCAAGGACUCGUCGCAGAAGCUGAGGCUUUGGUUAGGCACUUUCGACACGCCAGAGGACGCCGCUUUGGCUUAUGACAAGGCUGCUAGGCUCUUGAGAGGGAGAAAUGCAAAGACCAAUUUCCCAAAUCAAGGAUUUUUGAAUUCUCAUGAAGAAAAUUGCAGCAUAUUGGGAAAGAAUCCAAGGCUUUGCCAGGUUCUUAAGCAUGCUCUAAUGAAGAACAAGGCGAGGUCUAAUUUGUCGUCGUCGUCUCUUGGUUCCGCGAUUGAUAUUAAUCGGUGGAGAGAUCGAAAUAUGGGGGAAGAAUUUGAUUCGGUUAGUUUUGAUGCAAUUGUUGAAGAGACUAUAGUUUGUUCUUCGAGCAAUGAAGAUGGGGUUGAUGAUGAUGGUCAAAGGAAUAAGCUUUGUACACUUUCACUUGGUAGUUCUAAGGUCUAUUCUUCUGUUGUUGUAGCUCCUUCUUUCAGUGCUUCACAGUGUUAA